GCAUCAAACAAAAUGGGGUAGACCCACACCAAUGUUUAUUUGCCCAUUAAGACAAAAGAGCAAUUCCUCUCUCUCCCUCAUUCUUUCUCUCGGCCAGCACAACCCCAGCAAGACCAAGAAAAGCUCCAUCCUCCUUUCCCCAUCCUUGAAGAGGGCUCAAGCAAUAGAGGUCCAAGGGGAAAGAUUAAAGGGAGAAAAAGCUAGGAAGAGUGAGAAAGAUUAAGGUAAUAACCUUAUAUUAACUUUUCCUUUAUUUUUCUUCUAUCAUAUGAGAUAUAUAUCACAGGGAGGACCUUGAGGAUUUUUCUUCAUGAUUUAAGUGUGGAAUGAUAAGUUGGAGAGUGGUUCUAAGUCCAAGAACGGACUUGGAAGCCAAACCGACAAGUUCACCGGAAAAUAACCUUUUAGAGGUUAUUUGUAUUGAUUAAGGUUUUAUGAUGUUAAAACCUUGUUAGGAACUUGAUUUAAGUAUUUUUGAGCUUCGCCGGAGUUUCGCCAGAGUUGGUCAAAGUUCACCGGAAUUAGUCAAAGUUCAACCGGGAAGCGUAGAACGCGCUUAAGCUCACUUAAGUUUCAGGUAGAACUUGAAGGUUGCUACCAUCACCCAUUUUCUCGGGAAGAUCAAGGAGAGAAGACGUGAAACUCCCCAACCAUUUGAUUUACCAUUAGUCUCAGCACCUGAGGAGGGCAAGGAGAAGAUCAGUCUUGAUGAUUGUGCUACUGAGGUAGGUUUAGGUAUUAACGAGAGUUGGGAUGCCUUCAUGGAGAGUGAUACAGAGUCCGGAGGAGAGGUUGUGAAUGUUCAUGAUAUCUGUGAGGAAGAAGAGGACUUUUCUAUGGUGCAGUUUGAUUACGGUGUUGCUCCUACUCCUUGCUUUGAGACAUCUUUUGAGCUUCCGGUGAUACCUAGAGUAAUCAAAGUUUUCACUCAUGUUUUCUGUCCACCUGAAGAGGAUGAGAGUUUCAUACUUCACUUCUGUGCUGAUGAGGGUUAUGAAGACCAUGUGCUGGCUUCGUGGGCUGACGAAUUUAAAGAUCUGCGCCACCUAAUGACAUUUGUUGAGAGGAAGCUGGAGACGUUGACUAUAAGUGCACCACUGCAGUCUUUGCUAUUUGAGAGCAUAUAAGGAAGUUGCGUCGGGCAAACGACGUUAAAAAUAGCGUUACUUGGGAGGCAACCCAAGCUUAUUUCUGCACUUUUGUUUUUGUUUGUUUGUUUGCUUUCAGAACCCCCCCCCCCCCCCCCCAAAAAAAUAACCAAACAAAAAAAACUGGGGUGUUUUUUUUGGGUUUGUUUUUGUGUUUGUGUGUUUUGUUUUUGCAGCUCAGGGUCUUGCUUUGGGGAUGAUGUGCCGAGGAUCACUUGACUCAGUUUAGUUCUGCACCGACCAAUGCCUUAGGGAAGUUUCUGUGACUCUAAUAAUCGCAUGUUUGUAAUAAUUGACUUGAGUUAAGUUGAGCACGCGUGACCCUAUCCUCUUUACCCCCUUGUGCAUAGUGCAUUUUUUGUCAUCGAGGAAGAUGCCAAAGUUUAAGUGUGGGGGAGUGAAUUGGACAUUCGGGCAGUAGUUGUUACAUGUGAUUAUUAGAGUUAGCAUGCACAGGUGUUAGUUGUAUAUUCAUAGGAAAUUCAUGUCAAAAUUUUUGAAAUUUUUUCUUUAAACUGUGUCUUUGUGAGCUGGCUAGCGUUUUGACUAUGCUUUUAGAACAUUCUUAAAGUAUUUAGGCUUAAAUUGCUUGCACGGUAAUCUAGUUGUUGAAAGGAUGAAGGCAUUAGUCACCCAUUGAAUUUUCCAAUAAUCAUCCACUCCACCUGAAAGAACCCUUUAGGAGAAGCCAUUUUGAGCCUGACUGUUCUUUGUUACCCAAUUAAUUGAGCUCCAUAGCCAAAUGGCCUGUGUACCUUACCCAUGAAUAUUUCUGGCUUAGUCUUGAUGUUUAGGGAAUUAAGGGAUGAAUUUGCUAAGUUUAUGGAAUUUUGGGUAGGAGCCAUUUUUGGCAUUGUUCCUAUGCUCCAAAUGGGGUAAGAGCAGUCAUCUUUUAGGAAUUUGAUAUUUUCGAGGAUUGCAUUGUAGGCAUGGAUUCACUUUGAAAUUAAUGAACUUUAAUUGUUAUUUUUCCUUGGUGAGGUCGAGAUUAGAAUGGGGUAAUGUAUAGUGAGAAUCCGAAAGGUGAAAAAAUUAAUAUAGCUAGACCUCUUACUUUGCGAAAAAGAGAAUGGGAGCCCCGUCAAAAAGCGUAAGAUGAGACUUGGGUAUCUUUCGAAAGAAACGGCGUUCUCGUGCCAACAUGACAAGGAAAACUAAACAUAAUUAAUGAACUUGGAGGCUAUUGAAAUUUAGCUUUAGUCCUCCGCGUACUUCAAGUAUACGUCAAAGCACAAAUGUGCCGAGACGGUUUAGCUUAGUUGUACACCAUGUCUACUCUUUGCAUAGGUUUAAAUGAUUAUUCCUAAAUUGUGGCCUACUGAGUUCCUUGUUCCUAAGAAUAGCCCUGAAGUUCCUGAAUACAUUGAGUCUUUGUUAGAAUACUCAAAUCUCUCAAAAGAAAGGGACUAUUAUUUUUAUCCAUGAUCCAUUCACCCUUCACCACCAUUUUCACAAGUCCUUCUGAUCGGUAGCUAGUUUAUUUGUGUGUGCUGUCACUACUUUGAGGAUGUUGUGAAUAAUUUUGUCAAAUAUUUUAGCUAGAGUACAAAGAUGUAGUUUAGGGAAGAAUUUUCUUGGCUUAGUCUGCCUAUUCUUUGAAUAUCCCUUUAACUACGUGUGCAUGCUAACUAUUUUGAUUCCGUGUGGUGAUUAUCGUAAGUCCCGUUGUUCAGUUUGCUUGAGGACAAGCAAAAGCUUAAGUGUGGGGAAUCUGAUAAGUCCGUAAUUAGACACGCAUUUGAUGCGUGUUGGGAUUGGAUUUUGAUGGUUUUCCUAGCUUUAAGGUGUUGCAAGUCUCAAUUUUAGCUCAAGUUAUGUUUACCGGGCGUUGGUUCGAGUUUUGUGUCAUUUGGAGUCAAAAUCAGGAUUUUAGAGUUCGGCACCGGCGCUUGAGAAGAAAUCGGGAUGAGUUGAGAAGCAUUUAAGAAUGAUUUGAUAGCUUUGGAGGUCACCGGAAGAUUCACGAUGAAGAUUUGAAGGAAAAAGAGCUCUAGGAUUGGCUUCGGGAUCAAAAGAAGAUGAAUGAAGCUUGAAAACGACGAUCAGAAUGACCUUCUUUCAAUCGUUCAAACUUAUCUCUUUGUAGGAACAACCAAUGGACACGAUUCAAGUUGAAUAGGAAAUCCAACUUCAAGGGCUACAAAUCAUAUGAAGACACCUUUGCGAGAAUCUGAGAGGAAGAAGGUGAAAACAGACGACGAAGUCAUAUGAUCUCUGCUGCGAUUUCAGAAAGACACCUUCAACCGUUUUAAUGAUAUCUCUUGAUUGGAUGAUUCAAAUCACAUUCGGCAAAUUGAGGUGGAUAGAGGACUUCAUUAUCUACAACUUUCGUGAAAGAAGUUUUGUCAAAUUCGGAAGUUAAAUAGGCACGAUCGUGCCCUCAAAGUCAGACACGAUCGUGCCUGAAGAGAAAACCACCGCGAAGUUACUGCCUGCCAGGCACGAUCGUGCCUGGAGGGAGGCACGAUCGUGCCUGCCCAAAAUGCGCGUUUUUGCUCCGGAGGCACGAUCGUGCCUGGCAUCGUGUCUGGCUCCGAAAAUCCUAAUUCAGCUCAAAUUUCACCCGAUUUUUCUAUUUAAACAGCCUGUAAACCCCCGUUUUCAAGGGAGGAGCUUAGAGAGAGUGCCUAGCACGAAUUUUAGAGGGCUUUUCAGCCUCGUUCAUCAAUCUUUUGGGAUUCUUUGUAAGUUCCAC